UCAAACGACAAUGCUGACUUUUUUUAUGUAGUGAUUAUAGAAUAGGCUAUAACUAUAAUAUUAUAUUAUUAUUUAUUUAUUAAUACUUAUUAAUUAUUAUAUAUUUUGUUAUUUUAAAAUAAAAAUUGCAUUGACCUAAAGCAUUAUGAGUUCAGAGCUGGAAAAAGUAACUGAAGACAUUGAUCGAGCAGUUCAUUUACUUGAUUUACUGAAAUCUAGAUAUUUUUUCUUAAGAGCUAAAUAUGAUAUAGACCUUAACUCUCAAGCAUAUGGGUCCAAAGAUACUCAAUCAGAAAAUCAAUAUUCAUCUAGUGAUCUUCAAUCAUUUAUCAUGCUGGAACUUCACCUUUUAGAAUAUGCUUGUACUUAUGGUAUUUAUUCCAUGAAUAUGUAUGCAACUCGUUUAAAAACCAAUUUAAAUUACAAUGACAAAGACCAUUUUUUUUUAAAACUACUUAAAGAUCACUUGCGGAGUUUAAUUGAAACUAAUUCAAAUAUUAAAAAUCUUUCUGUAGAUUCUUAUGACAAUUUUACUUCAUAUAUAAAUUCAUUCAAGGUAUAUGCCAAUGUUUUGAAUAGUGUUAACGAAUCAAAUAUUACUCUAUUAAAUGAAACUGAUACAAACAAGAAAAAGAAUAAGCUGAUGAAGAAAAUUUCAAAAAUUAAUCUAAUGUCAAAUAUUAUUACGCUAUUUGUAUCCGACUUUAUUUCAGACUAUAGAACUGAAGAAGGAAGGGCAGCUUUAAAUAUGUGUUUAAAAUAUAGAACUCCUAGAAGUAUCGAAUAUUAUACAAAAAAAUGUGAUUUAAACAAAUAAGAACUCUUUAAUAGUUUUAGUUUAUGUAUAAAGCUUAUUAUUUUUAUGUAUUAAGUAUCUACAAAUCCAUAAUAAUACACAAAUAUAUAUUUUUUAACUUUUAA